UCCUUUCAGUGUGAUAUAAACUUUGGGUGUCAAACUCGUUUUUGUCAAGGGCCACAUUGUAGUUACGGUUUCCCCUGUUAUGGGGCCCGCAAUAGCUCAACGUUAUCCAUCCAUUUUCUUUGCCGCUUAUCCUCACGAGGGUCGCGGGCAGCGCCAGAGCCUAUCCCAGCUGUCAACGGGCAGGAGACGCGGCACACCCAGAACUGGUCGCCAGCCAAUUGCAGGGCGCAUGGGAGACAAACGGCCGCACUCGCAAUCGCACCUUGGGGCAAUUUAGAGUGUACAAUUAAUGUUGCAUGUGUUUGGGAUGCGGAAGGAAACCGGAAUGCCCACCCGGAGAAAACCCACGCAGGCACGGGGAGAACAUGCAAACUCCACGCAAGCGGGGCCGGGAUCGAACCCGGGUAAUCAGAACUGUGAGGCCAACGCUUUACCAGCUGCUCCACCGUGCCACACUUUGCGGGGUCUUUUUUCAUAUGCAUCCACCCAUUUUCUUAGCCACUUAUCCUCACGAGGGUGACAGGGAGUGCCGGAGCCUAUCCCAGCUGUCAACGGGCAGGAAGCGGCGCACACCCUGAACUGGUCGCCAGCCGAUCGCAGGGCACAUGGGAGACAAACGGCCGCACUCACAAUCGCACCUCGGGGCAAUUUAGAGGUGCAGGUUUUUGGACUGUGGGAGGAAACCGGAGUGCCCAGAGGAGACCCACGUAGCCGCGGGGAGAACAUGAAAAACUCCACACAGGGAGUGCCUGGAUUGAACCCGGGUCCUCAGAACUGUGAGGCCAACGUUUUACCAGCUGAACCACCGUGCCACCUAUCUCAACGUUAUCAUUUAUGAUAAUGACAAUUUGAAAUUUUGGUACAGAUUUGAACAAGAAUCCUGGAAGUUGACACGCGCGAUUUGCCUUUGUGGGCCGGAUCUGGCCCCUGGUCCUUAAGUUUGACACCUGUGAUAUAAACUCAAAAUACGACAAUUACUCCCAAAUAUUUGUUUCCCGUUUAUGAAGCUCACAAAUUAGCAGUGAUCCCUAGUGAGAGUUUUUUCGGAUCCUUUUGGUCUUUGGAAGCAUUCUUUUGGACGCGUCCCCUUUGACCGACAGCAGAUGACCCGCAAACAAAAUCUGUUUGACGGUCGAAAGUCCACAAACUCUUUUGCUUACACGCAAAGUGUUUUUUUUUUUUGUUUUGUUUUCUUUACAAAAUAAAAAAUAUCUAACUGAAAAACAUAUGAUCUAGUUCGAAAUCAUCGCUGAACUGAAUUCCUGCGAAGUGACCAGUAAAUAUCAGCGAUGAUGAUGAUGAUGGUGAAGAUGAUUGCUUUGAGACUUUUGCAGAAUUUUGAGGUGAAAGUUUGCCGCGUAAACGGCGCCGUGCGUCGCGGAGGCUCGACCUCCUGCCGAGGUCGUCGACCCCAAACGUCGCUCGGGGGCCUCCCGCCGCCGGCUCUCGGCUUCCCGCCCGCCAGAUCGCACGAGCGACCCGAAAGCGCCGCAGCAGCUCCACUUCGCCCUCCGCUUCCAGACUUGAGCGGACGGUAAGAGCGCCGCCGUCGGGGGGGGUCGCAUUUGUCGUUUUUGGGUCGGAACCCGCGGAGAAACAUGAGCUCGGUACUGACGAAACCGCUUAACUCAAGUCAUGAGCAGAAACGCCGCUACCGGAUUCCGAAUGACAUCAUUGUGUUGGACGAAGGCUUCAUUCUGGAAGUUAAACUAAAAAGUCGAAGAAUUCAAAAAGGUUUCAAGAUACAGCAAAAAAAAAAAAAAAAAAGCAACCGCUGCGUCCCGUUUCUUUGACGUUGCUCUUUACUCGCGUAUGUUGGACGAAGAUUAACAUUUUGUAAACUACUGACAAUUUCCAAAUUACAAUGAUUUUGUGUUUACAGAAUAUUAAAUAUGGUCAAAGUGUGUAGUGUUUUUUGUGGGGGAGGGGGUCUGUUUUUUUUUCCCCGGAACUCUGAACAAAAAGCGGGAAACAAAUAUCAAAAAUUAAGAUUCUGAAUUUAUUUCUCGCUAGAGCGGCACGCAGAGUCGCACGGAGGUCAGAACGACACAUUCAAAGUCCUCGGCAACCGCGUUCAGGCCGAAAGUGAUUGGGGGUCGAUCGCUGCCGAUCGGAAAAGGUGUUUGUCUUACAACGGGGUCCCAAACAUACGGCCCGUGGGCCAUUUUUUUCGGCCCGUGAGGCGAUGUUUUGCGGCCCCCACUUUAAUAUGAAUGUAUAGCGGUAGUGCGACCCUUGACUUUUAUUCGGGUGGCACUUUUACAGCGUUGUGCGCGGAGCUGACCAAUCACGGUGGGGUAGACGGCGAUCGACUGGGCUUGAUGAAAUCAGUGAAACGAUUUUUCAUGAGAAAGUUAUAGCAGUGUUGCCAAGGAGAGUUUUUUUUUUUUUUUUUUUUACAGGUACGUUGUAAAUACCUAACAUUUAUUUAUUUUUUUUUUUAAAAGAUGUUUGAGAAGAUAGGUUUGCUUUUAAUUUUUAAUUUUAGUUCCACAUAAGAGCCAGACUGCGCCAAGGGAAUUUGAGUUCGAGACCCCCGUUUUAGACCAACCCCGGAAAUGAGCACUUUCCACCCAAAAUGGCUGACUUCCUGUGUGUUUUCCACCCAAAAUGGCUGACUUCCUGUGUGUUUUCAGCCACGGUUUCUCGAGACUUUAUUGAGCGUGUACUCCCGGUAAAGGUUUCAUGCUGACAAUUCUUUGUGGUUUUGGUUUUGGGGCUGAGUUUUCGAAAAUAACCCUGAGCUAACGUUGCUAGCCUGGUUCAGGUUUCUCUUCAGCAGACAUCUUGAAUGGUCGAAAAUCUCCCCAAGCAGCUCGACAGUUGGCAAAAACUCGCUCGAGUCCGACGGAGUUUUGUGCGGCGUGUGCGGGCUUAGCGCGGGGAUGGCGGCGGGCCUGCACGUUUGCGGGCUGGUGGCGGGCGUGCUGUCGUGGUGCCUCCAGUCGAGCUGCACGUCGUCGCAGCUGUGGAAGGUCCGCAGCCAGGCCGAAUCCCUGAGCAGCAGCCAGUGGCAGUUCGAGGGUCUCUGGAUGAGCUGCGCCGCCACCUCGCUCGGAACGCUGCAGUGCAGCAAGUUCAAGACGCUGCUCGGUCUGCCAGUGCACGUGCAGGUGUGUCGCGCUCUGAUGAUGUCAUCGCUGGUGGCGGGACUGGCCUCCGUCAUCGUGUCCAUUUUGGGUCUGAAGUGCAGCCGAGCGGGAGGCGGCUCGGAACGCGCCAAAGCGCAAUUGGUGCUGAGCGGAGGCGUCUCGCUAAUCCUGUCAGGCGUGUCCACCCUGAUCGCGGUGUCUUGGUACGCCGCCAGAGUGAUCCACGACUUCUACAAUCCUCUGUACGGGGGAGUCAGGUUCGAGCUGGGGACGGGUCUUUAUCUGGGCUGGGCGGCCUCCGGCGUGGCGCUGCUCGGUGGCGCGCUGCUCUGUUGCUCCUACAGGAGGAGCUCUUCCUCCUCCUCUUCUCCUCCUGCACGAUAUUUUUCGUCCUCGAAAAGCGCCCAAGGUCCGAGCACGAACAUCUACCGGGCGCCGCACGCCUCCUCCUGGGACGACGGCGCCAAAGCUUACGUGUGAGCGGGCGGUCCCUGAACGCAGCAUCGCGGCCCCGCCAGGAUUUAUCAUAUUCCAUCUUUGCGUGUUUUCGUCAGCGUUUUUACUGUUUGUGUCGACUUCUGUGGUUGGGGCCACGUGCCGCCGAAAUUGGCAUUCGCAGCUCAUUGUAAUCUGUUUCAUAUUCAUUUCGUAAUAAAAAUGUUUUGCGCUAA